AGGCAAAAAAAGUAAAAUCUGGAAUUAAUUUCCGACAAAGUAUGAGGAACUUUACGGCAACAAAGUACACAGCAAAUGACGUGGAUGUGGGGAGCGGAUCUUGUGAGCUGACACAAUGAAACUUCACUAUAAUAAAUUGGCUGUAAUCGCUGCCUGCCUGGCUGCUGGCCGCCUGCUCCUCUAUCUGCUUCUGGGCAACUCGGCUGCUGAACCACCGCCGCGAACAGACCAAGGGGCAGCUUUGCAGGUCGCCCAGGGAGUUCAGGGUCGAUUGGUUACUCGCCAGCCGACCGCCUUCCGCUUGCUGCAUCGGCCCAUUUUAAGCCAACAGCCACGUCUCUUCACAAAAAGGCGCAAAAAGCCAGCGAGCGACAGAAUGCUUAAUGAGCCACUGUUUCGCCUCCAUACGUGGCGUGGAGAAGAAUGGAUGCACUUAGCAGUGGUGGCCUGUGGGGAUCGGCUUGAAGAGACAAUGACCAUGUUAAAAUCAGUUAUUCUCUUUAGCUUAAAUAAGAUAAAAUUCCACAUUUUUGCUGAAGAUAUUCUCCAGCCACAAUUUGAAAGCAGUAUAAAAGCUUGGCCAUUUUCAUUCAAGUCACAUGUUGACUAUAACAUCUACCCAAUCACCUUUUCAACAGGGAAACCCCAGGAAUGGAAAAAAUUAUUUAAACCGUGUGCUGCUCAACGCCUCUUUCUUCCAAUGAUUCUGAAAGAUGUUGACUCUCUGCUGUACGUUGACACUGAUGUUCUCUUCCUGAGACCAGUUGAUGAUGUCUGGUAUUUCCUGAAUUUAUUCAACUCCACACAACUUGCAGCCAUGGCCCCAGAACAUGAAAUACCAAGAAUUGGAUGGUACAGUCGGUUUGCCCGGCAUCCUUAUUAUGGAGCAGCUGGAGUCAAUUCAGGAGUCAUGCUAAUGAAUCUGACUCGAAUAAGAAAUCAACUAUUCAAGAACAGUAUGAUUCCAGCUGGACUAAGAUGGGAAGAAUUGUUGUAUCCUUUAUACCAUAAAUACAAAAAUGAUAUCACAUGGGGAGACCAGGAUUUAUUAAACAUAAUCUUUCACGACAACCCAGAAUAUCUGUAUGUGUUCCCUUGUCAGUGGAAUUAUAGACCAGAUCAUUGUAUGUAUGGCAGCAACUGUCGAGGAGCAGAGGACCAGGGAGUUUCGAUUCUCCAUGGGAACCGGGGUGUUUAUCAUGAUGAUAAACAACCUGCCUUCAAAGCUAUGUAUGAGGCUAUACGUGAUUUUCCCUUUGAAGAUAAUUUGUUUCAGUCUCUCUAUUUCCCACUCCAAAACAACUUCUUGAAAACUGUACACACUUUAUGUGGGAGGCUUCCACAAGUAUUCCUUAAACAGAUUGAACAAGCCAUGAGGAAAGUGUAUGAACUACGUGUAAUUCAUGUAGGAUAAGGACUGAAAGUGGAAGAUAUUUUUGUGUGCUGCACUGUAACUCAAAGGAAAUGAUCAGAUUUAUAUUUUCCAAUUUUUUGCCAUACAUUUCUGUUUCUAUUCUAUUAUUGUGCAAGUUUUAUACAGCAAAAGCCACACAUGAUUACUUCUUUUUGAUGCACUUUUUAAUCAUGCAGAAGAGCUGUCCUAUCAUUGGUCUUGGGAUGCAAGGCUGCACAUGUCAUUCGGCUUGCCUUGCACCUUCGUAUGAACCUACACAGUUGGUUAACUGUGAAACCAAAAGGAAUAUAAUGAAUCCAGCCAAUUGCAUUAAUAAGAUCUUGCUGGCACUUAUGUUGCAUUGGAGAACUGCUCUGUGGGUGGUGAUAUCCACACCAUAUUAGGCUGUUGUUGCUAAAUGCAUUAUUCCUCCAGACACUAAGGUUAAAGAAAUAGUGAGCAUUGUGGGCUUUGUGGGCAAUGGUUGGUUUGUAUUUUUGUUUCUCCUUUCUUGUAGAAGCCAACCUUGGGUAUAUAAAAUUUGUCCUAGAACUCCUACUGCAUUGAAAUUUAUUUUUCUUUAUCAAAUAAAUUGUUGUUAUUCAAACCAGUGCACUUGCCACUGCAAAAACAUUCCUUGAGGCAGAUGCUGUGAAGUAUUUACCUGUGCUACUGAAUGUUUCUAACCUCCCUGACCAUCUCAUGGGUAAAGACUGUACCUGAGGUAAAACUAAACUAUACAGACCAGAGAGUUGCAGGUUCAAUUCCUUGUCUGUGCUGAAUCAACUGGAGCACAAUUAGGGCUCUUCAGUUGGCCUCGGUGCCCUUGUAUCUUUUCGGGGAUGGAAGGAAAUAGGGUCCUCUUGAGUCAGACUGGAAACCAAUGACCUGGAUGUUGGAUUAGAGCUGGACUGAUGAUGGCCUCCAUGGUUGAAUAGCUUACAGAUGCAACAUGGUCAGAUAGGGGAGAUACUGUGGAAUUAUACCCCAGCACUUUGAAGAGAGGUAGAAAAUUGCAGGGGAUGGGGAAGGGGAUGGUUAUGUGGUACCAAACAUAUUGAGAUGAUAGUGAACAUUUACAAAAGUUGGAAUUUUUCUUUACUCCAGAAAUGAAAAUUAUGACAAUUGUUCAUAAUCUGAUCUGAAGAAGUAUAAUUCAGCUAGUGUGAAGUUUCCUUUUAACAAUGCAUCAGCAGUUUAGUUUCUGUAAGCAAACCAACUUAGGAGCAUGAGCUUGUGUGAUAAGAUUAUGUCCCAAACUUGAUUCACAAAGAAAAUACAGUUUAGGAGAUUGAAUCCACCAGACAGGCAACUGAAGAUUUUUAGACUUUUUUUUUACCUGAGCAGAUAACUAAAAUUAAACUAGUGGACCAUAUUUGGAAAACAUUUUGAUUUGUUUGGGAUCCUGGAUGUUCUGCAGAAGAUUUUGCUUUUUUGAAAGUGAGGUUUUAAACCUUUGACUUUUUGUACGUAAUUUCUAAUUAUGUAAUGUACUCAAAUUAUUGAAAUAGAGAAUAUCAGUACAGUUCAGAAAACACGAUGAUGUGUGUGGGUAGAAAUGUCAUUCCAGGUCAUUAGAAUCAUCCUGUAGCAUCCAUGAAGAUGGCCAUUUCUUGGGCCAGCUACUCAAAGCACGAUAUAGGCGGUACCUAAAAAAAGCAAUUGUAUAUUUUCCCAAAGACUGCUACCCUAGCAAUGAAUUGGUUCUCAGAACAGUUGUAUUUGAGGUGCAAGUUAAUUUUUUGUAAUGUGAUAUAUAAUCCCCAAUAUUUAUACAUGGCUGUUUUAAAUAUAAGGUAAUAUUUCAUUAAUAAAAAUGUUGCGGUCA